AUGCGUGAUAAGGAACUUGUCAAGCCCAGAUGGAUCGACCCGCAUUACUGGGAACUUCUCCAGGCAUGCCGAGCCUUCCAUAAGAAGGAAAGGCCAACGGCUGACCAGUUGCUGGGAUUGAUUCAAGGGUUCGGUGAUGACAUGACUCCUACAGUAUAUGAGGCAUCCCCAACGCUUACACCCGGUAGCGUCAACGAGCCGGCUUCUACGCCGGCCCGCAAGCGUCAUGGCACCUCGGACGACGACAUAUCUACAGAGCUGUGCUCUUGUUCUGAGUCCAAUAGUCCUUGGGGGAACUAG